AAAUUGAGCCAAAAUAAUUCCAAAUGCGGAUUUUGCCUUCUUAUCGGAAAGCGUCACCUGCUCCUUCUCACGUAUCCGCUGGAAUGCAGAGACGCCACGCUGCUGAUAAGCGACUCGCUUCCCUCAUCUCCAAAUCCUCAAGAAGCAAGGCAGGCUCAUUUCACUCUGUUUCUUGCCGUCGUCACGAACACACCUCGCAAAAUUUCGUCCAGUUUCUUCCCUUCUGCACGUCGUACUCCAAUAAUUCUGCGAAUAGUCCGAAGAUGGAGUGGUGUCAGCACAAUGGGCAACGCUUGUACGGUCCCCCAGUGGAAAGUGGUCGCAAACCAGAACAGGGAAGUGAGGUAUUUAUUCCCAACGUUCCUCAAGACUGGACGGAAUUUGACAUCUUCGACCUGUUCAAGACGAUUGGGCCGAUUUACCAGGUCAGAAUGAUGGUCAACUUCAGUGGGAGUACGCGAGGCUUCUGCUUCGUUCGCUUUUUCGAGAAGGAACAUGCCUCCCAAGCAAUUCUUGAGUUGAAUAGGAAGGAAGUUAAGAAAGGGUGGAAAAUUAAAGUCGUGAUGUCUCUGGAUAACAGCACCUUGUGGGUCACUGACUUCCCAAAGUUUAGGACUGACGAGGAAAUCAGGAGCGAAAUAUUCCGAAUUUCCAACGGCGUGACAAGUGUGACCAUUUUUACUCAGAAUAAACAACGAUGCUGUCUGAUUGAUUAUACAACUCACAGCGCUGCGUCCAACGCUCGGAAGUUAUUUCUGUCCAGACAAGUGAAGCUGUGGGGCCAUCGCUGUUCUGUGGAGUGGGCUCAACGUGGGGAUCAGCCGAAAAUUUCUAAUGUUUAGAGCUAUGAAUUUCUUACUUGUUUUUAAUUCGUUCGUCUGUUUGUCGUGGGAUUGAGAUUUGCAAUGUAUUCAAUUUAUUUGACGGACCGUGAUAAAUACUCACAUAUUUUGACUUUGUAAUAUGUAUCGCAUUUCAUGUUUUUAUAUAUUAUUUUACGAUGAACUUUUUUCUUGUUAUGAUUAAUUUCUGAAUGAACUUGACCUUAAUUAUUUGCUGUAUUUGAUCGUAUCGUUGUGAAUUGACAUGAUUUUUGACUAACAUACUUGAAAUAAAUUAUUCCUUUGUUAAUCGUA